ACUUCGGUUGUCUCCGAUAACUUGACGCCGACGGGGAGUCCAAUGGAAACCUUCGUCGAGAUCCGGAGAAGACAAUCGAGAGCGAUUUAGCGUGAAAAACUGAGCAGAUUUCGCCGCUUCUGUUAGACAAACCUCUUAUUUUCUCAAAGAUCUGGAUCCGCGGGUUUCACUGCUGUGUUUCAAAGCCGUGAAUCCGCCCUGAGCGGCGUGUGUUCGGCCUUGUUUACACCGAGCAGAGCCGCAGAGGAAGCAGCAGGCCCCCGCUCCUGUGGCCGGUGAACGGCCGCCUCUGCCGCCGCUGCCCCGGACCGUGUUUGUUUAGUGCGGAUCUGACCUUUACUUCACCAAAGAAUAUGACCCAGAAGAAACAAUGACGUCCAGAUUUGGUAAAACCUACAGCCGUAAAGGAGGCGAGGGCACGUCCAAGUUUGACGAGGUUCUGUCCACCAAGAGAGGCACGCUCAGCACCAAAUGGGGCGACACCACCUACAAGGCCAAGGUGGGCUCCAAGCGCCCCGGCGCCGCCAAGAACGACUCGGUCCUGGGGGUGCACAAGAGGCCCCGCCCCUCCGGCGACGGCUUUGAAGAUCCGUUUGGGUUCGACAGCGACGAGGAGUCCAAGCCGGUGUCGUCGUCUCGCAACGGCAGCAAGCCGUCGCCCGUCAAGCCGGGGUGGGCGGAGCCGCCGCGGGCGGAGAGGCCCAGCGUGUCUCUGGAUACGGGGGGCAGGUCCAGCCUGCAGGGGGCGUCAUGGCUGCCGAGCGAGAGGAGUCAGCCCAAGGUGACGGAGGACACGGCGCGGUUCUUCAACAGCAGGAGCACCAGCAUCGGGAGGCAGCAGAGUUCCUUGUCGUUACCAGAGAACCAGCACAGUUACUCCUGGUACCAAAACGCUUCAGAGAGUGACAGGAAGCCGCUGGCACAGACCACCACCCUGAAGACUGGCGCCAAAGCAGAGUCCACCUACGACUCCUGGGACACCAUCGUGGGUCUUCGUCCACCGUCGCCCAACCAGGAACCUCGUAACCCCGCCCCCACACUCUCCUGGGUGUCGGCGGGCAUCACAGCAGCCGGGUGUGACCUGGGUCAGACCCGGCAGGAGAAGCCGCCGUCUCCUCCUCGUCUCCAUACCAUCAGCGAGAGGGAGGACAUGGACUUUGGCGGUGAUAUGGACUUCCUCCUGGAGACGAGUGACUUCUCUCAAACGUCCUCGUCGUCCUCGUCACUUGUAAGGAACUCGAACUGUCGGACAUACAGGAGGCCAAACAAACAGGGUGCCAGCAGAGCGCAGGACUCCAGUGGCGCCGCCGGCUCUGACUUUAGCUCCGAUCUUCCCAAAGUGUCCGACAGUGGCAGCAAGACGACGGGCAGCGGCCGGGGGCGGGGCAGGACGAGGGACUACACGGUGCUGCACCCUUCGUCCGUGUCCGUCUGUAACGUCACCAUCCAGGACCGAGCGGUGGACGAGUUCAGCACAGACACAGUGCCCUCUAGUGGCAGCAGUACUGCAGCCUCCAGCAGCACAACAGAGCUGGGAGAGGCGGGGUGGCAGCGGAAGAAGGCGGAGCAACCAAACACAAGGCCCAGACAAACACAGACCAAGUCAAAGAAGGACAGUAGUAAGCUGGACUUGUUUGGCUUUGAGGACACGGACAUGCGUGAGGACGAGGACAGCGUGGACAGCUCAGAUCCCGCCUCCAGUUACAAGAUCAAAUACUUUGGCUUUGACGACAUGAGCGAUAGUGACGGCGGUGACAAUGGUGACGAGGGCGGCUUUAAGGAGAGGAGGCGGGCCAAGAAGGCUGCUGUUGCUAUGGCAACACCCGAGGAGGUCACCACGGAAGACACGGAGAGCUACGAGACGUACGAGCCGCCCGAUCCCUUCGAGAGGCUGGAGAUUCUCCAGCAACCGAUGACGGUGAAGGAGAACAAGAAGAACUCGGUGAGCAGGGAAAACACGCUACGAGAUGUGCUGGACUUCUCGGAGGAGGGACUCAGGGUGGUGGCCAGCGCCCCCCGGAGGCCGCUGCAGGGCAAAGUUCUCGUCAAGAACCCCGACACGUUUCGGAGGAUCUUCAGUGCACACAAGAAGUCUCCCACCAAAGCUGUUUACAACGCCAGACACUGGGCGGUGGAGACUGAGGAACCACCAGCAACGCUGAGCUCACAGAGCGCUCCUGUGUCCGUCUCAGUGGGAGGAGCCAGUAAGGAGCCGUCUGAAGCUCAGAAGGACGACGGCGUCUUUAAGGCUCCGCCUCCUCCUCCCAAGGUCACCAAAUGCGUCACCCUCCCCACAGACCUGUACCAGGACACGGUCACCACACUCAAGUGUCGUAAAGAGCACAAGGAGCUCUACACUGUGGUCCAGCAUGUGAAACACUUUAACGACGUGGUGGAGUUUGGAGAGAACCAGGAGUUCACAGACGACUUUGAAUACCUGGCCACCGGACUGAAGAGUGGGCAGCCGCUGAACACACGCUGCCUCAGUGUGAUUAGCUUAGCGACGCGCUGCGCCAUGCCCAGCUUCAGGAUGCACCUGCGAGCUCGAGGGAAGGUCACUCAGGUGUUCAAGACGCUCAACGACGCCCCACAACACCCGAACCUGGCUCUGUGCACCGCCUCCCUGAUGUACAUUCUGAGCAGAGACCGUCUGAACAUGGACCUGGACCGUUCCUGUCUGGACCUGAUGAUCCGGCUGCUGGAGAUGGACCAUGACCAGGGGGGCGGGGCCGUGGCCGACUCCGACUCCAGCGCUCAGUUCAGCGCCAGAGAGAUCGCCAAGAUGAAGGAGAGGAUCAGAAAGCUUUGUGACACAGUGCACAACAAACACCUGGACCUGCAGAACAUCACGACGGGACACUUAGCCAUGGAGACGUUGCUGUCGCUGACGUCAAAGAGAGCAGGAGACUGGUUCAAAGAGGAGCUGCGUCUCCUCGGAGGACUGGACCACAUUGUGGACAAAGUGAAAGAGUGUGUAGAUAACCUGAACCAGGAGGAAGAGGAGGAGAAGCUGGUGUCUUCUCUGUGGGGAGCAGAGCGGUGUUUACGUGUCCUGGAGAGUGUCACAGUCCACAACCCGGAGAACCAGAGUUACCUGAUCGCCUACAAAGACUCGUCACUCAUCCACUCUUCAGCCAAAGCUCUGAGGAGGUGUGAGCAGAUGAUCCAGCGUUACAGCAGGGAGGUGAACUCAGACUCAGUGGUGGGUAAAGCUGUAGAGAACUGUAUGAGAGCCAUCAUCGGAGUCCUGCUCAACCUGACACAUGACAACGAGUGGGGCAGCACAAAGACAGGAGAACAAGAGGAUCUCAUCAUCACAGCACUCAACUGUGUCCUCAGAGUUCCUCAGUAUCUUCCACAGGAGCAGAGGUUCGACAUCCGUGUCCUGGGUCUGGGUUUGUUGAUAAACCUGGUGGAGUACAGUGCCAGGAACAGAUACUGUCUAAUGGAGAUGGAGAUGGAAGGAGGUCAGGGUCCCUGCGACUCCACCGUCCUCCUCAACCCUGAGCACCAGGACAUCGGCAGCUCGGGGCCCCUGAGCGCCAUCGCUGCACUUGUGCAGCUGUUUCUCCAGAGGGAGCGGGCCGCCAUCCUGGCCGAGGCACAGACCGACGACCUCAUCAAGGAGGCGCCGAAGGCUCCGCUGGACCAGAGCGGGCAGUGGCAGGAGACGGGUGGGGAGAUCCAGUGGGUCGCCAACGACAACGCCAACACUGACACCAACAAACAGGAAGAAGACAAGAAGAAGGAGGAGGAGGACGAGGAGCUGGACCUCAACAAAGCUCUGCAGCACGCGGGGAAGCACAUGGAGGACAGCAUCGUGGCAUCGUACACGGCACUGCUGCUGGGCUGCCUCUGUCAGGGAAGCCCGCUGAAUGUGACGACUGUGAGAGAAAACCUGCCUCAGGGAGAUUUCUCCAUCAUGACAGAAAUGCUGAAAAAGUUCCUCAACUUCAUGAACCUCACAUGUGACGUCGGCACCACAGGACAAAAGUCCAUCUCCAGGGUUAUUGAUUAUUUGGAGCACUGUUAGAGAAGACUCACACACACACACACAUUAUCAUCAUCAUCACCACUGCUGGAACCAGGCGUGUGUUUCUUCAUCCUCUUCCUCCAGUUAAAGGAAAGUUCCGCUGUUUUAUUUGACCAUUAACACUCUCACACACACACUCUCACACACACCUGCAUCAUCUUAAAUUUCUCUGUUAUAAAUAAAUUGACUGACUUUUUUCUAGUCGCUGCUCA